UGUCUGAAACAUUCUUGUAUGUAAUUGAAAUAUGGUGUGAAGAUUUUAAUCCAUUGAUGCUUUUCUCUUUGUGCAUAUUCUGAAGACCACUCCUUCUUCAUCUGUGUCCCAUUGCUGCAUCUCAUCUUGUUUAAGCGCUAUUUAUUACCUGGCUCUCUCUGCAGCUGCCCUUCUUCAGUGCGGGCAUGAAGUUUAAAAUUCAUGAUGCUGAUGGCUGUGAUAACAUGCCCCUUCCUUUUAGAUUUACAGGCACAGUAUGGGAAGGUGGUUUCACAAGUCCUUUACAGUUUGAGGUGUCUUCCUUUGUUCACAUGCCUUUGUAACUGGCUGCAGUGACCUAUGAGGAUGUGCAUGUGAACUUCUCUCCAGAAGAGUGGGCUUUGUUGGAUCCUUUCCAGAAGAGUCUCUACAAAGAUGUGAUGUUAGAAACGUGCAGGAACCUCACUGCUAUAGGGUACAGAUUGGAAGACCACAAUAUUGAAGAACACUGUCGAAGUUCUAGAAGAUCUGGGAGAUAUAACAUCUGUAAUUGUGGACACAAGCCCUGUGAGUAUAAGGGCCAUGGAAAGAAGCAAUAUACCUUUGCAUGUAACAGUUUUCGUCAAACAUAUGAAAGAAUCCAUAUUGAAGAGAAACUCUAUGAAUGUAAUCCAUACAGUAAAGCCUUUGUAAAUUUCCAUAGUCUUACACAACAUGCAAAAAAUCAUUCUAGAGAAAAACCGUAUGAGUGUAAUCACUGUGGUAAAGCCUCCUUAAGUCCCAGUUCUCCUCAGAUACACAAAAUAAUUCAUACUGGAGAGAAACUUUAUGAAUGUGUGAAGUGUGGUAAAGCCUUUGAAAAUGCCAAUCAUCUUCAAAAUCAUGAUAAACAUCAUACUCUUGAGAAAAUCUUUGAGUGUAGUCAAUAUGGGAAAGCCUUUGCCAAUCGCAGUUAUCUUCCAAUUCACAGAAGAGUUCACACUGGAGAGAAACCAUAUGAAUGUACUCAAUGUGGUAAAGCUUUUACAAGUCGCAGUUAUCUCAAGAUUCAUAAAAGCGUUCAUACUGGAGAGAAACCGUAUAAAUGUAAUCAAUGUAGUAAAACCUUUGCAAAUUUCUAUAGUCUUCGACAACAUGAAAAAUAUCAUACUAGAGAGAAACCUUAUGAAUGUAGUCAUUGUGGUAAAGCCUUUCCAAGUCCUAGUUCUCUUCAAGUACAUGAAAGAACUCAUACAGGUGAGAAACCCUAUGAGUGCAAUGAAUGUGGUAAAGCCUUUAUAAGUCACAGUUCUCUUCAGAUUCAUAAAAGAGUUCAUACUGGAGAGAAACCAUAUGAAUGUACUCUAUGUGGAAAAGCCUUUGUAAAUAGAAGUUAUCUUGAAGUACACAAAAGAAUUCAUACUGGAGAAAAACCUUAUGAAUGUAAUCAAUGCAGUAAAGCCUUUGCAAAUUUCCGUAGUCUUCGACAACAUGAAAAAAACCAUACUAGAGAAAAACCCUAUGAGUGUAGUCAAUGCAGUAAAGCCUUUGUAAGUCCUUGUCAUCUUCAAAUACACCAAAGAACUCAUACAGGUGAGAAACCCUAUGAUUGCAGUGAAUGUGGGAAAGCAUUUACACGUCUCAGUAAUCUUCAAGUACACAAAAGAACUCACACGGGCCAGAAACCCUAUUGUUGCAAUAAAUGUGGUAAAUCAUUUCCAUGUCUCAGUAAUCUUCAAAUACAUGAAAGAACUCACACUGGAGAGAAACCUUAUGAAUGUAAUCAAUGUGGUAAGGCCUUUGCAAGUCGUGCUAGUCUUCAGUACCAUGAAAAACAUCAUACUGGAGAGAAACCAUAUGCAUGUAAUCAGUGUGGUAAAGCCUUUGUAAGUCCCAGUCAUCUUCAAAUACACCAAAGAACUCACACGGGUGAGAAACCCUAUGAAUGUAAUCAGUGUGGUAAAGCAUUUGCACGUCGCAGUAAUCUUCAAAUACAUGAAAGAACUCACACGGGUGAGAAACCCUAUGAAUGUAAUCAGUGUGGUAAAGCCUUUGCAAGUCGUGCUAGUCUUCAAUACCAUGAAAAACAUCACACUGGCGAGAAACCGUAUGGAUGUAAUCACUGUGGUAAAGGCUUUGCACUUCGCAGUCUUCUUCAAGUACAUGAAAGAACUCACACUGGAGAGAAACCACAUAAAUGUACUCAGUGUGAUAAAGCCUUUGUAAGUCGUAGUUAUCUUCAAAUACACAAAAGAGCUCAUGCAGGAGAAAAACGGUAUGAAUGUAUUCAAUGUGGAAAAGCCUUUGUGUAUCUUACUAGUCUUUGUAGUCACAAAAAAUUUUGUGCUGGAAAGAAAUCCUAUGGCAGUACUUGAUACAGAGAUGAAUGAAUGGCACUGUGAGUAACAUAAGGAGACAGAACUGCUUCUGGACAUUGUAAUCUUGUUACUCUCCUUAGAGUUAGUAGUUACAUCCCUAUUAGGGUUGAAUAUAAUGUCCAUCCCAGGCCAUGUAGUUGGAUGUUCUUCUAUGGUUGCAGUAAAGACAUCUCUUCUAGAGUCAAUUAAUUAAUCUUGUAAAGUUUUUGCUCUUAGAUUUAAGUACAUUAAUGUUUUAGGAUUCUCCUUCAAUAAAGUGUUUAAAGUUACAGUUUUAUCUAUAUUAUCAAAUCCGCCAUCACAAAGGAAGCACUGCUGGUAACUUUUCUGGCAUCCAGGUAACUGAGGAAGGCAGUGCAUAUGGCAUCAUCAGUGAUUGGGGCCCAAAGCUGCUGACUUUUGGCAGUUUAACUCUGCUAUUUUGGGCCUUAAAUAUGCUGGUGUCUGGCAGUCGAGGCCAGAAGCUUCUAGCAGUAGGGGGUUAAGAAAAACAAGCUUAGUUAAUUGGGCUCUUUUUUCCUGGUUCAGGGCACCUUGUUGGCCUAGUGAGAGGUUCAGAACUUGUUAACUCUCCAUGAGUCAGAGAGAAAAGAAACGAAGAAAUAAAACAUCAGACACACGGAGACACAUGUACACUGGGUGAGCAGAAAAGGGCUGUCUGUAUGAACUUUUAUUAUUGUUUCAGCUUUUUAUAACUUUGGAAAAAGGUUUUUUAAGGAAAAGUUAAUUCACAGAUAAAAUGUAACACAAAAGGGGAGUUACAGAGGAUGUUGAGAGUUAGUUCAAAGCAGUGUUUCAUUUUAUAAACUUAUUAUAAUUUCAAAGCAGCAGUUCAAAAUGGCUUUGCUUUAUCAUAGUGCACACCUGUGGCUUCAUUCUUGGACAUGAUCUAGAAUGAAUGUUUUUCCUUGAUUACAAAUCUGUCCCAAGCCUAUUUCAAUUCUUAGUCCAAUUUAGAAAAUCUCAUUGCAUUCCCUAUUAUGCGUCCUUUACUUACUAUUUUAUGAAGAGGGGGCACAUUCUAUUCUUGAUUCUAACUUUAUUACUUUUAUUUCUGGCAAAAUAACCAUCUCCUUAAAUAUUGAAGGAGAUUAUUUGAAUUUGAAUCAAACUAGGAAUUCUAUAAAGUCAUUAAUUCUUCUAAACAGCAUCAAUUCAUGAAAGUUCAUAUUAACAUGCAGGAAAUUUGCCCAAUAGUGUAGGAUGAUGGCCAGGAAUCAUUAGGCUAUGUAAUCAUUCCAGGAAAGGCAUGAAGUCUCUCAGGAUCCUGCAUCACAGAGCAAACCACUGCUGGCAUGUAAGAUGGCAGGCCAUCUCUACAAAACUCAUUUUCUUGCCAUAGCCUUUCCUAGAUGGUUUCUGUCAAAGUAUAAGGGUCUGUGAUUCAGGAAGAAUGAUAUCCCAGACUUAAACUGUAUGCAACAACAAAGAGGAUUUAUUCUGUAGAGAACCAGCAUGUAAGAAGCUACCAUACAUGGGGAUGAAAGACAGGUAUGGCUUUGCAGAGUCAAUUAAAAGCCUGUUAGGGUAGGAGUGGGUGACAUACCUUUCUUUCCCUUGAUUUUUUGGCUCUAUCUCUAAGGGUGUGGCUGCUUUUAUGAUUGAUAAAGGCUCUGGAGGAUUUUGGGGACUUUUGCUGAUUGCCUAUAUUGGGUUCAAGCUAGGUGGUGGGACAGUUUCUGACAGCUUCCGAUUGGCUGCCCAUGAGGGGUGGUUUUCUCUGGAAUUGACUUGUUUUGGACUUUCCUGGUUGUGGAAAACAGAAACUUAGGCCUAGUCUCACAAACUGACAAUUUGCAGCCUUUUGUGGAGUCAGCCUGGCUCUGCCUAACUCAGUCCUCUCAAAAGCACAUUUUCCAUGACAGCAAUUUUACUGCCUAAUCAUUGUUAAUAUGACUCCUGCAUGAUCUAUUAUUCCUUUCAAGGGUAAACUACUGUGACUAAAUAAAAUUCCAACUGUCUCUGGUAGGACAAGUCCACAACUUCCUGUGUGUACUAAAAGGUACACUGAAGAGGGGAAUGGCAGUAUCUUUAGAGCAAGAAAUGUCAAUAACAGCACUUUUGUAUAUGAGUGCAUAUACUAGCUUGUAAAAAUUAGAUUGAUUAUAAUUUGAAGCUAGUACAAAUGUUAAUGCUUUGGGGUGUAAUCCUUUUAUUUCUGUGGAACAUGAAGUGGGGGCCUCAAUCUAUUUCCCCACUCUUGGUUGUUAUAAAUAUAGUUGCUAGACCAUGCAUAACUGUCCUUAAAUUUAGAUUGGCAUUCCUUAGCCCAGUGUUUUCUUAGAUUUAGGGCAUGAACUCUAUGUAUUCUUUUGUUAUAAGGGCAAUUUAUAUAGUUUCUUUAAGUAGUCAGUUUGGCUAUAAUUUAAAUACUUUGCAGACACGUGCCUUUGAAUGGUACUGAUUUCUAAAGCAGAUAGUUUUGUUCUAUGUUUUAGGUCUCAAUUUUUCUACAUAAUUUAGAAAGUCCACAACAUUUCUUGUCUCUCUCUGAAAUCUGAUUAAUCCUUGGCAAUCUUCACUGGUGUGAUGGUUUAUAUAUGAUCUGCCCAGGGAGUGGCACAAUUAGAAGGUGUGGCUCUGUUGGGGUAGGUGUGUCACUGUGGGCAUGGGCUUUAAGACCCUCCUCCUAGCUGCCUGGAUGCCAGUGUUCUGAUAGCAGCCUUCAGAUGAAGAUGUAGAACUCUCAGCUGUGCCUGUGCCCUGUGUGUCUGCAUGCCACCAUGUUCCUGCCUUGAUAAUGGUCUGAACCUUUGAACAUGUAAUCCAGCCCCAACUAAAUGUUGUCCUUAUAAGAGUUACCUUGGUCAUGGUAUCUGUUCACAGUGGUGAAACUCUAAGACAAUGGACAUUAUCAAAAUCCAGCUGUUUUAAUAAUAACUCUUGAAUUUGAUGCCAUUUUACUUAUUUCUCAAUAGCAUUUUUGAGCUCACUAUGGAAUUGGCAUAAAGUUCAGAGGGACCAUGUUUUAAUUUUUAUAGAAGUAGAGCUGCUGUCAGGUUGGUAGAGCCUUUUGUUCCCCAGACAUGGAAGGAGAAUGUGGAUAGAAGAUUUGAGGAACACUGCAAUAUAAUCUUGAAAGUUCUUGGAAACUGAUUAUGUAAAACCCAUGCAACACGUGCUUUCCUAUACCUAAUGGUUUAUUAUUGAAAAGAUAAAUAAAAGAAGUCCUCUCUGAGAGAAGACAGAGUAUGAUCAGCUCA